GUCAGAGUGAAUUUCCCCCAAUCACUCCAGAAAAUCUGCUCAAGUGGAUUUGCAAAUUGCAAUUCUCUGGUGCAAGUGACUCUUCCUGAAAACACAGAAAAGAUAUCAAAGAAGGCGUUUUACCAAUGCGCCUCACUGACUCGCGUCGCGUUGAAUCACAAUUUGAAGUUAAUUGGAAUGAGCUGCUUUUCGGAGUGUUCAAGAAUAUCAGAAAUAACAUUUCCAAACUCUUUACAGACUAUUGCAGCGGCUUCGUUCUAUAAAUGCACUUCAUUGCGACGAGUAGUGUUUGGGAGUGGUUUACAGGUCAUUCACUCCCUUGCAUUUUCAGAGUGUUCUUCGCUUGAAGAGCUUUCCUUCCCAGCAAAUCUGAAGGUCAUUCGCAAAAAGGCGUUUUUAAAAUGUCCAAACCUCAAAAGUUUGAGGUUUGGGAGUCAACUUGAAGAAAUUGGUGAUAAUGCCUUUUUCGAUUGUGAAUUAGUGACGUCGAUUAUUGGUAUACCAAAGAAGUGUAUAAUAGGUGAUAAUGUGUUUUUCAAGACGAGUGUAGCCGACGAGAGUUGGUGUUGUAUAUUAUGA